AUGGAGGAAAGUGCAAAGAGACGGCGCACGGGUGGAAAUGAUGGAACAGCAGGAGGCGCUUCUUCUACUGACGCGUCAACAGAAGGUCAAGAAGCGGCUACUUCAUGGAGACAUGACUAUGAAGUAUUCUUGAGCUUCAGAGGGCCAGAUACUCGACAAGGUUUUACGGACUUUCUUUACAGGAGUCUUAAACGUGUAGGAAUCCGCACAUUUAGGGAUGACGACGAGCUCCCCAUGGGAGGAAAGAUUGGCCCAGAACUUUUCGAAGCAAUUGAGCAAUCGAAGAUUUUAAUACCUAUAUUUUCGAAAGGUUAUGCCUCUAGUGAAUGGUGUCUCAAUGAGCUAGUCCGGAUGGUCGAGUGCCAAGAAAAUGAAAGACAAAAGAUCAUGCCCAUUUUUUAUGAUGUGGCACCCUCAGAGGUUCGAUGCCAAACUGGUAAGUAUGAAGAGGUCUUUCGUUCACAUGAGGAGCAAUAUGACAGAGAUACUAUCUGCAAGUGGAAGGCUGCUCUCAGUGCAGUUGCGGCAAAAAAGGGAUGGGACUUGCUCAGCAAGACCACCAGGCGAGAAGGUGAGUUUGCAGAAGAAGUCACUGAGCAGGUUUUCAGAGAAUUGAAACAGGCUUAUUUGGCAGUAUCAGAUCAUUUGGUCAGUGUUGACAAUGAUGUGGAUGCAAUCAUGGAGGUGAUAGGUGCUCCGACAAGUGAAACGCAGAUUAUAGGAAUUCAUGGGAUGGGUGGCGUCGGAAAGACGACUAUUGCCAAAAUCAUUUACAAUAAACUUUCAAGCAAUUUCAAUAAUUGUUGCUUUCUGGCCAACAUCCGUGAAACGAGCAUUACAUGCUUGCAGAAGCAACUCAUCUCUGACAUCCUCAAAGUGAAACAGAUGGAUAUAAACAACAAAGAUGAUGGGAUUGGGACAAUUAAAAAAAUGUUGUCUAAUGAAAGAGUCCUCCUCCUUCUCGAUGAUGUGGAACAAGAUAAUCAUAUUGAUGCACUUGUAGGUAAGCGUGAUUGGUUUGGUAGAGGGAGCAAAAUUAUUAUUACUACAAGAAGGAAAGAUAUUCUUUACUUUCCCAAAGUGGACUGCACUUAUGAGGUUAGUGUCAUGGAUGAUGAUCGAUCUCUUCAACUGUUUAGCAAACAUGCCUUCAGAAGAAAUUCUCCUUUAGACGAGGAUAUGGACCGAUCCAUUAAGGCAAUACGCAUUGCUCAAGGUCUUCCGCUUGCUCUAGAGGUCAUAGGUUCACUUUUAUGUCGCACUGAAAAGGAAAAGUGGGAUGGCCAAUUGAAGGAUUGGGAAUAUUUUCUUCCUAAGGAUGUUAUGAGUACACUGAAAAUAAGUUAUAAUGCAUUAUCUCCUCAAGAACAGUGUAUAUUCCUCGACAUAGCUUGUCUUUUCAUUGGAUAUGACAAAGACAUUGUGGUUCAUUUUUGGGAUGCACGUCGAGGUUGUCCAGAAGUAGUCAUUGGAGCUCUGCAGAACAUGUCUUUGAUAAAGAUUAUAGAGCAUAAUAAAGUGUGGAUGCAUGACCUGCUCAGAGACCUCGGAAGAGGAAUAGUUCAUCAAGAUAAUAUACGGGAGCAAAGUAGGGUGUGGGAUCCCAAGGAAGGAUUGGAUUUGCUACGGAAACAUAAGGGAGAAAAAAGAGUUGAAGCUCUUCGUCUCAAGUUGGACAAUCACCAGCAAUAUCGUUUUUCCUAUGAGGGCUUUGAGAACCUAUCACAUCUAAGGUUCCUUGAAGUGAUGAAAAACUUGAAAGUUCUAGAUAUGUCCGAUUGCCCCUUGUUGGAGAGGCUUCCGGAUUCAAUUGGAAAUUUGGAAUCGCUGAUUGAGUUCGAUAUAUCCAACACGUCGAUCAAAGAACUACCCAAUUCCGUCGAAAUUUGA